AUUUUUCCUCAGCUCUCGAUGAAAGUGACUUGAACCCAACCAAUGAGUGAAGACAGAAAUUUAGAAUAAAUAUAUGAAUCAACAAAUAAAUAAUCCCACUUUAUGUUUGUGGGAAAUUGAAAAUCAGUUUCAUUUGAGCUCUGUUUCUCAUGUCCAGUCAGAAAAGCAUUGACCGUGUUAAUCUUUAACAGAUGCGUGCGAUCCAGUGAUGGCGCUAGCUUGUUCGUCUGUGUAGUUGGUGGUAGGUCGUGAUUUAGGAGGGACAAACUGAGCGAAAUCUGCUUCAAAUAAGGGUUGGAAUUAAUAUAAAUAAAUAAAAAUUAGACAACUGUAAGGGAGUGUGAAUUGUGGAGUCAUUGUAUUGACUUAAAUGGACAAGCUAAAGAAAGUUUUGAGUGGUCAAGAUGGGCAAGAUGACGACGUCAACAUACUACAGGCAGCGAACGAGGCCUCCAGGCUCGGAUGGGGUACACGUGUGAAGGGGUUCAUUGCAUGUUUUGCUAUUGGGGUGGUAUGUUCUGUAUUGGGAGUAUGCAUGCUGUGGCUUCCCAGAAUUGGACUAGUUUUGUUCGUUGUCUUUUACACCUUGGGCAAUUUUGCCUCGCUGACCAGCACAAUGUUCCUGAUGGGGCCUGUAAAACAGCUUAAGAAGAUGUGUGAGAAGACCCGGGCACUGGCUUCUGCCAUUAUGCUGACCUGCUUUGCUUUGACACUCUGUGCUGCCUUUUGGUGGAAGAACAAUGGACUUGCUCUGCUGUUUUGCAUUUUGCAGUUCUUGGCAUUUGCUUGGUAUGGCCUAUCCUACAUCCCUUUUGCAAGAGAUGCGGUGAUGAAGAUGUUCUCCGUGUGUCUGAAGUGAGGAGGUCUUCUAUGAGCUCACCGGGCCCAUCUCUUCACAGCUCAGUCCCUGCUUUUUGGGGUGCAGAGCACCCUCUUUUCUUUCUGGCACAGACUCUCUGUACAGGUGGCACUCCAAUGGGCCCAUCUCCACCUUCCAACACCAAAAAUAAAAAGGCUUCAUUGUGCUCCCCCUGCCACGCAGUGCCAUCCUGUUAGGCUUCCAAAAUGUAAAUGCCUGUUUUAGGUUGAAAAUUUGGAGAUCCAAUCUUCUGUAACAAGACUGAACUUGUGCAUUCAGAUUUUUGGUUAUGUCACAGCUUCUGUUUGGAUUUGCAGUCGUGUCACCUCGUUCACCAACCCAACGGCGGAUGAGCUUGCGUUUGUGUAUGUGUAACGUGCUUAUUUACUCUCCUGGUCAGUGUUUUAUAUUAAGUGUCACUUGGAGGACUGUACAGCAAGGCCAUAGUUCACGUGUACAUGAUUGCAAAAUGUAGUGUAUAGUCAUUUCUGUUGAGUUAGUGUUAAGAGGUGGUAUACCAGUCUAUCCUCUUUCAAAUGCCUUGCUGUGAUAAACAUCCAGCUAAAUCAGCUUAAUGUACGGUAGCUAAGGGAGUUUGGUAAAAUCAUUUUCAUGGUUUCAUUUUAGGUGAGAGAAAUUGCAUAGGUACAACUUCAAUGUAGAUACUUUUCCAUUAAUGUUAUAUGAGCCUUUAGAAAGCAAGGGUGAUUGCAAAUGGCCUUUUGAGGUUUAAACAAUGUAGAAAGGGAGCAAAAAUAAAUAUUUAAUCACAAUUUUUUACAUAUCCAAAUUGUUACUAUAAAUAGUGUACACCCGCGGACAGCAACCAUGCCAUAGCCCAUUCAGUGAUGCGUAGAAUGCAGAAAGAAUUAAAUUACUACACCGCUUAUGUACACCCUGUGGUGUAAUUCUUUGGUUCCAGUGCACAAAAUUGUUUUGUAUUUAUCCUGCUAUACAGUUAUCACCAAGGGGAAACUCCACCCUAAUUAAAUGUUAUUGUAUUUUACUGACCCUUCCACUGUUGGAAGGUGUACAAAAAUAAUAUUCAUAGUUUUUGUUGUCUAGAUAGCAUACUUGCUGCAUCCUUUACUCUGCUGUAUGUUGCUACUUAAUUCAGAGUGUGUGCAGCUGCCCAAGUGAAGCAAAACGCAUCACUAUUUUUUUUCAGGAUAGGAGAUGGUUGUCAAAUUGCUGUCGUAAUUGCCACAUUUGUAUUGGCUGCAUUAGUGGUCAAAUCAAUUUACCAUCAAUAACUGAUUUUAAGAUGUCAUUCCCCCCUUUGAUUCAAAUAAGAUUUUUAAAAAUGUUUAAUUUGGUAAUGGAUAUCAUGCUGGAAAUUCAUCCAGGUUCUCCUCUGCAUUACAAAACAAAGAUGGAGUCGGUCAUACCUUAUUACUUGCUGCUAAUAAAGGAGGAAUACCUUAAUUCAUACCCAGCUUACAAAAUGUUCUCUCAAUGUUACUGGAAUGUUUUGUCAGUGUCAUACCAUUGCCACUACAUGGUGGCAACAUUGUGAGAAUGUGUUAACUGGGUAGUCACUGCCCUUAAACUGGAUUAAUGGCUAUUAUUCUGUUAAUAGGAAAUAUUCAUGCCUUUUAAAAGCUCCUGGCAAGCAAUGUUUCUUGCAUAUUAAGGGUUUAGUUACAAGAUGAAGAUACUUAUGAAGGUAUACUUACAUUUCUCCCCCAGAUAUGUAAUGGGGGGGGGGGGGGGGGGGGGCAUUUCUAUUCUGUAAUGGAUAUUUAUUUCAAGUUUACUUGUAAUUGACAUUCCACUAAACAAAUGACCCCUGGUGGUUAAUAUAUAAAUCUUUAUGCACUUAAAAAAGACCAAAACCAUAUCCUUCUGUGCAGAGCAAUAUAAGAACUUUGUCAGGAUACAAAAAAAAAGAAAAAAUAAUUUGAAAUUUCGCAUCUGAAUAAAAUGAGCUUAAUGUCAGUAUUCAUGUUCUUUGCCUAUUUAUGGGUAACUAUUUUGGAUACUUAUUUUGAUUCCACAGGGGAUUUAAUGCAUAUUCUCUUCUUAAUCUGUGCCUCUGUACCACCUCACUGUGCACUGUGUCUCUCCUAAUACGCUGGCGCCUGUAAUCAGACCCUGCUGCUCAACUGCAGGCAGUGGCCCUUCUCUAGCUUAAUUAGUAUCAGUACCGAGACGCACUGCCAUAAUUGUGGGGUUAUGGUAAUUAAUACUGUAGCUUUCAUUAUGCUGUAUUCACGCUGGUCUUUGUGAAAUGUUUUAUCAGAGAGGAAUUAAUGAUGCGGUGUGUGCUGAGGGGAAAAAACAUUCAUUCCCACUAAGGUGUACAUUUCCUUACAGUCUUCUUAUUGUCAUUAAGCUCCCUCAGUUUUGAUGUCUUCAGUCAACAACCCCUCAUGACAAUGACAUCAGAACAAAUGACCUUUGCAUUAGGAAUCUUUUUUUUUUCUUCCAAGUUUUAAAGUUCGGGUCCAGUUGAAUCUCCUGAUUUUUUGUGCAGUCAAACAAUAAAUAGGCACUUGUCCCCUU